UUUAAAUGUCAGUGAGGAAUUUCCAUAGAGUGUGUUUAUUUUUAUUUUGAACAAUAAAAAUAUAUUUUGAAUUAAAAAAUAUAAUUUCAGACAACCAAUAUGUGAUGAAUAUUCAUGACACAAAUAAAUGUUUUAAAAGUAGAAGACUUAAACAGUUUAAGAUGGAAGAUUCAGACUGUAAAGUUGAAAGUGUAACAUGAAAUUUUAUUAGUAAACAAUGUCCAAAAGUUCUGAAUUGGAUUCAGUUAGCACGGUGCUUUGGCUUCAACAAGCAGAUGCACUCAAUACAUUUACAAAAAUGUGGUACCAUGUCUUCCUGUGGGCAUUUUUUUCAUCUAUAUUUGUUCAUACAAUAGCUGGAUUAAUAGCAUUCCUAACCCUUAGAAAACACAGGUUCGGUAAAUUUUUUCCAAUUGCAAUACUAGUCAUGGGUGUGAUAACGCCAGCUGUAACAGGCGUAGUAAGUAGCGCGGCAAUUGCUUUUGUAUACAGAGCAUCGAGUUUACCAAUGAAUCCACUUUACGCUCUAUUUUGGGGUUGUGGUCAGACAUUUUUAACUGGGUGCAUGGGUUUCACAAGAAUAUUGGCAACACUAUAAUUCAUUAGGUUAAUAAGAAGAAGUCCGGAAGAUUAAUAGGUAAUAACUGAAGCAUUGUGCACCUUUUUCGUAAUAAAACUACUUUUGUUUUAUUCAGUAUAUUGUAUAAUUGAAGAGGUUUUUAUUAAAUUUUAUAUAAGUGAGAAAAGAAGAUCCAUUAUUUGUUUAAAGGUACAGUAAUUAAUUUAACUAUGCAAUGAAAAUAUCAAAAAAUUUAGAUUCAAAUGUAUCAUUUUCCUUGUUGAUUAGUUUUAGCACUACAUAUCCUUGUGAAGUAGAAAUUUUGUCCAAAUUCCAUUGAAUAAAGUUUUUUAUCUUUGUUUUUGGACAUCAUCUCUAGGGAGUUUUUUUUUCAAAUUUUGUUCAAAUGCACUAAAAAUCGUUUGUCAUUGAUUUUUUUGGAGGCUGUUUCUAAUCCUAAUAUUAGCAAUCAUUAUUCGAAUUUCUGAUGCACUAGAAUUAGACAUCAUCUUCAAGAAUUGUCAUACAAAAUUCAUCAGAAAAACAGGAGAAUUAGUUUCUAGUUUUAGCACUAUAUAUGUCCUUGUGAAGUAGAACUUCUGUUCACAUUGUCUUAAUAUCAUUUUCUUAAUUUUUGGUCAUCAUCUCCAGGAGGUUUGCUACAAAAUUAGCUGAAAAAAGAAACGAAAAUUGUAUAUAAUUCCACAGUUAUUCUUGAUUCUGGCAAAGACCCCCAAAUACUCGAUUCACCAGAAUUUGGAUGUCGUCUCUGGGAGUUUGACCCCAAAAUUCACACAACUGAAAAUCGUAUCUCAAUGGUUUUUUGGCCAUUGGCUACCACCUCCGAGUACUUGUUACUCCUGAAUUUGGACGUCAUCUCCAGCCAGUUUUCUCACCAAAUUUGCACAAAACGAACCGAAAAUCAUAUCACAAGGGUCUUUGGUCAUAAACAAUCACUUUCAAACACCUGGAGCUUAAUAAUUUGGGCAUAAUCUCCGGGAGUUACUCUACAAAAUUAACACAAUCCCACUGAAAAUCAUCUCUCAAUUAUUCUUUUCGACCGCGCUUCUAGAUUCUGGCAACGGCAACCUUCCCCCAGUUAUCUGAUGCAAUAGAAUUUGGACAUCAUCUCCAGGAGUUAUGUCCCAAAAUUUGCGGUAACGGACUAAAAAUCGUAUCUCAGGGAUUUUUUCAUUCGCUAUUCUCGAUUCUAUCGGCAUAGACCAUUAACCGGGUACCUGGUGCACUCGACGUUGGACAUCAUCUCCAGAGUUCUUUUACAAAAUUCACAAUAACGAACUAAAAAUCAUAUUCUAAGGACAUCAUCACUGGAAAUUUUCCUGAAAAUUCGUCGCUUUUCUUGGUUAUGUGGUUUUCUAUGAUUGUACUGGAAUGAGGAUAUUGGGAAGUUUAAUAUUUUUUCAAUGAGAUCUUCUGCCUACCUAAAUAAUGGAAACAUAAAUUACUUGAUAACAUUUUGUGGAUUUAAAUUUUGUGUUUUCCUUUAAUUUUGUUUAUUUUUAUUUUAUUUCAUUAUUUUUUUGUUAAUACGUUACCUGAAAAAUACUUUAUACUAAAGUGUCGUUUUUUACUGUGAUAUACGUUUUUUUAUAUAGGGUGUUAACGAAUUAUAGUGUCUAACUUUUACCUAAAAUUACUUUCAAUAAAAUAAUCAAUUAUAUUAUUAUAUCCCCCUGAAUCGGAACUAUAUGAAAAUAGAAAGUUCGGAAUGUUCUAAAAUGUAAAAUAGAAUUAUCGUAUAUAGAAUUUUUUUGUUAUAUACAAUGUGUAUCAAUAAAAAUUUAAUUUUCUGGCAAUACAUUUGUAUUUAACAAUAUCGAGAAUUGUUUUUGGAAAAAAUUGAUCACAACUAAAAACUACGUUCAAAUAUACAAUUGAAUUGAAAUUUAAUUUUUGUUACUUUAAAAUAAUUUUUCCAUUACAACAAAAUAAAAAAUGAUUCAUAUUUGAGCGUAGUCUUCUUUUAAUUACCAAUUUUCGAUAUUGUUAAAUGUAAAGGUAUUUCACCCUUGAGCAUAAUCAUAUUUUUUGAAUUACCUCGUAUACGAAUAAAAAUUUUUAAUAUCUGUUAACUGAAAUUUCCGUUUCACAUUAUUUCAAACGUUUUAUGAAAAAUAAUAUUUUUUCCUAAAAUUAAUAAUAAGAAAGUUUUCCAUAUAAUCAAAUUCUGAAAUAUUAUAUUUGUACUUUUAGUUCUCUAGCUCCUGGUCUAACAAUUUAUAAUGACUAGUCCCACCAUGCUGAUGAUUCACACUGUAUUCAAUUCAAGAUUAUUCAAAAUUGUUUUUAAAUUGAAAUGAAUUAUCAUUUGGAGAAUCUUUUACGAUUUUCGAUAUACAAAUCUUCAUUUAUUGAAAGAUUUUUUGUAAAAGUUACCACUAUCAAAGAAAAAAUUUGAUACAUUUUCAUAAUAUUAUUGAGUACAUAUAAUUUUUAACGAUUUUUUCCGACUUUAAAAUGCAGAAAAUGAGUGAAUAAUGCCACUAAAGUAUAUCAGAUUUAACAUGGUGACCUCCCCCCGGGCACCUGGUGCACUGGAAUCUAGACCGGGCAUUAUAUCCUGUCUACAAACUUCACCCGACUGUACCUAAAAUCGUAUCUCAAGUAUGUGUUGACCGUUCUUCUCGAAUCGACCGACUUCCUUCUAGUACUUGGUGGACGUUAUCUACAGAAGUAUUCCUACAUAAUUCUGGCAAUAACGAAUACCCUUCAAGUAUAUGAUCUACUAGAAUUUGAACGUGGACGUUAUUUUCGGGAGGUUUCCUAUAAAAUCUAAUGGUUUACUACAUUCGAGUACAUGAAGCACCAAAUUUUGGACGUCAUCUCCAUGAGUUUUCCUCAAAAUUGGGUUAACACAACGAAAAUCGUAUCUUGAUGAUUUUUUCUACCGUUCUUCUGGAUUCUGCCAUGACCGGUCACCCUCCAAUCAUGUGGGGCUGCAGAAUUUGGAUGUCCUUCCGGGGCUUGUUUUAUAAAAUUUGUGAAAACUAGAAAAAAUUAUAUCAAUGAGGUUUCUGCUUAUUACCUACCACCUCCAGGUACCUGGUGCACCAAAUUUUGGGCGUCAUCUUCGAGAGUUUUUCUACCGUUAUCGAUUCUGCCACGGCCGAUCACCCUCCAAGCAUGUGGUGCUGCAGAAUUUAGUUAUCCCCCUGGGACUUGUUUUACAAACUUCACCCAAACUAGAUGAAAUUAGUAUAUCAGUGACUUUUUUGCUUAUUAGCUACUAAUUUGGAAUUUGGAUGUUUUCCCGGAACUUGUUUCAUAAAAUUUGUGAAAUUAGUUUAUCAAUGAUGUUUUCGCUUAUUAGCUGCCUCCCCCAGGUACCUAGUUCACCAUAAUUUGGACGUCAUCUUCAUGAGUUUUCCUGCUAAAUUCACGUAAACGAAACGAAAACUGUCUCAAAUAAUUUUUCGACCUCUCUUCUCAAUUCCAAAAUCAACGAGAAUCAGAGCAGAUCUAGUGCACUAGAAUUUUGCCAUCUUCGUGAGUUUUCCUACAAAAUUCGUGGAAAUUAACCGAAAGUCGAUCUCAAUGAUUUUUUCCUGUACCAACUAACCGGGGGUAGACGCCGAUGUCAGAUUAUAUACUUGUAAUAUUUAUGAAAAGUUAUAACAGAGGCCAGCAGAUAUUUUGGUGCUUGGAUAUUUGGAACUGAUUCACUCUAAACUCAUAUAACAUACCCAACAUAUCGCCCUACGAACAAGAGUAGAAAUUUGAUCGUUCCCUUGUUCAUAGAGCUAAAUAUAAUAUUUUUCGUGUACGUCGUCGGAAAAGUAUAAUGUACAACACGUAGAGACACUAGAUAUUUUCUAUUUGUGUGCUCUAUCAACUAGAAAGUUGUACAAGAAUAUUUUUCUAGUCAGUCGUCGAAAAAGUGUAGUGUAUAACACGUACGGAACCGGAUGUUUCAUAUUUGUUUGAGAAGAUUUGGUACAAUAUGCAAUUUUUUAUGAACAUAAUUUUGUAUACAUAAAAUCAGUUUUAAAUUCAGGAAGACCAAAAAUUUGCUGACCUGUACAAAUAUAUUAUAAUUUUUGUAGUUGUUUCAAUAAAUUAUUUAUAAUAAAAAAUCACGAAUAUAAAAUAAAUUAUAUAAUUGUGUACAUUUCGAUGCACGUUUUUUUACUAUAGUUGAGGUUAUGUGCAUAACAUUUGUUCUUAGUUUAAAUGUACUUGUUCUGUUUUAAUUACAAAUUAUUUUUGAGGGUUUUUUCAUAUUUUCGCAAUAAUGAAAUAUCAAGGAAACGUAAUAAUCGACAACAAACGUAAUUUUCACGUUUUAGUGAAAAUAUAUGAGAAUUGUUUGUAGCCCCUUUUUUAAAAUUGGAUUGUAUGCUAAAAAAACAUUUCUUCAUAUUCUAACAAUUAUUUUCUAUUUAAAUUUUCAAAAAAAUAAAAAAAAUUUCGUGUAAAGUAUAUUUUUUCAUUGGAUGAAGUAUUGUGUAUAAUGUAUAGUUAUUUUAGUGCCUACCAAAUGCGUGUUCAUUUUCCAAAUUUUAAAAAUAUACUUUACAUUGUUUUCAAUAUUUGUUACUAUUUUUUUGAGAAAGUUGAAAAAGUUGUUUUGGGCUUUCAAAAAAGAAGAAAAAAUUAAAAAAAAAAGAUUAAGGACUACUAGAAACUGGCUUAUAUUAAAAGAUAGAUACAUUUCGAUGAAUUGGGGUUCUGUAAUCCCUAUUUUUGUUGUCUCAGUGUUGAACAAUGAACUUUUUAUUAACUCUUUUAAGUCCUAUUAUCAAUAUAAAGUAAAUAAAGACAUAAAAGAUGAAAAUGAUUAUUGAAAUUAAUUUUUAUGAGUAGACUAAAUUGUUUUUUUGACAUGUUUUUGUAUUGAGACACUACUGAAAGCAUUUUAGAGUUCAAUAAGAGAAAAAUAAAUUCAAAAAGUGAUUUAACACCACUACAAACAUGGUUAUUAACAGAUAGUCACAUUUCGAUGAAUUGGUGCUCCGUAGUCUAUAUUUUUGUUUUCUCGGUGUUGAACAAUAAACUUUUUAUUAACCCUUUUAAGUCCUAUUAUCAAUAUAAAGUAAAUAAAGACAUAAAAGAUGAAAAUGAUUAUUGAAAUUAAUUUUUAUGAGUAGACUAAAUUGUUUUUUUGACACAUUUUUGUAUUGAGACACUACUGAAAGCAUUUUAGAGUUCAAUAAGAGAAAAAUAAAUUCAAAAAGUGAUCUACUACCUAUACAAACAUGGUUAUUAACAGAUAGUCACAUUUCGAUGAAUUGGGACUGCGUAGUCUAUAUUUUUGUUUUCUCAGUGUUGAACAAUGAACUUUUUAUUAACUCUUUUAAGUCCUAUUAUCAAUAUAAAGUAAAUAAAGACAUAAAAGAUGAAAAUGAUUAUUGAAAUUAAUUUUUAUGAGUAGACUAAAUUGUUUUUUUGACACAUUUUUGUAUUGAGACACUACUGAAAGCAUUUUAGAGUUCAAUAAGAGAAAAAUAAAUUCAAAAAGUGAUUGAACACCACUACAAACAUGGUUAUUAACAAAUAGUCACAUUUCGAUGAAUUGGGACUGCGUAGUCUAUAUUUUUGUUGUCUCAGUGUUGAACAAUGAACUUUUUAUUAACUCUUUUAAGUCCUAUUAUCAAUAUAAAGUAAAUAAAGACAUAAAAGAUGAAAAUGAUUAUUGAAAUUAAUUUUUAUGAGUAGACUAAAUUGUUUUUUUGACACAUUUUUGUAUUGAGACACUACUGAAAACAUUUUAGAGUUCAAUAAGAGAAAAAUAAAUUCAAAAAGUGAUUGAACACCACUACAAACAUGGUUAUUAACAAAUAGUCACAUUUCGAUGAAUUGGGACUGCGUAGUCUAUAUUUUUGUUGUCUCAGUGUUGAACAAUGAACUUUUUAUUAACUCUUUUAAGUCCUAUUAUCAAUAUAAAGUAAAUAAAGACAUAAAAGAUGAAAAUGAUUAUUGAAAUUAAUUUUUAUGAGUAGACUAAAUUGUUUUUUUGACACAUUUUUGUAUUGAGACACUACUGAAAACAUUUUAGAGUUCAAUAAGAGAAAAAUAAAUUCAAAAAGUGAUCUACUACCUAUAAAAACAUGGUUAUUAACAGAUAGUCACAUUUCGAUGAAUUGGUGCUCCGUAAUCUACAUUUUUGUUUUCUCGGUGUUGAAUAAUGAAUUUUUAAUGAUCAAAUACGAAGUUUUUCUAGUUAUAUAUACUGAGUGUUGCUUUUUUACAUCUGAUCGUCAUCUUAUCAGCUUGCUCUGGUGUAGAAAGAGAAUUCAGUGAAACAAGCAUAACAUCUUCAUCGACUUUAUCUGUGAAUACACUAUAGUAGACUGUAUAGACACUGUUCAAUAUGGUAGCCAGUUUCUAUAACAGUCUACGUGGCAGCAUGGGGUUUAAUUCCUCCAAUUCAUACAAGACCAUGUUUCUAAAGAAUCUAUAGCCUUUGGGGAUCAAGAUUGCUCAAUUGAUUGUCUUUAAUUGAACUUUUCUGGGAAUUUAUUGAUUGGGGGAUGGUGAAGUAGCAGUAUCCUCCACAGAUAUGGCAGUGCUUUCUCAUGAAGAUGAUUUCAUUUGAAAUAAAGUAUCCCUAGAAGUUAUAGAUGGCUUUAAGUAUGAUUUUAUAAUGAAUUGGGGAUCACAACACAUUAUUCAACCAGUUUUCUCAGUGAUUAGUUUAAAAAACCUGGAAAUAAUUCAAAAAUGAAUAAUAAGAAUUGUUUUUUUAUCGGCUACAAUUGAUAUAAUGUGUAUAAAUAAAAUUUCUUAUAGUCUAUUUGAGUUUUAGCAACGACCAAUACAUUUAUACUAAAUUUAUGAGAAUGACAGUUUCCCCCAAAAGUUGCACAACGUUUCAAAACAACUACUGAAUUAAAAAUUAGAAUAUUUUACUGGUAAAUGUGAUGGUGCUAAUGGGAAUGUAUAACAAUUAGAUCAAACCACAGCUGAAUAAUUUGAAACGGUAUUGCAGUUGAAAUGUAACGCUCGGUUGUAAAUUGAUGUAUUAAAGUUGAAUUAAAAAUGAGAGGAAUAUCUGUCCUACUACUCUUUAAGUAAACAAACAAAACUAAAAUUAUUCAUCAAUAACUCUUUAAAGUAAUUGUUUUUCGUCUCAAGUCAUGUUCCCCAUCGUUUUAACAAUUCCGGAAAUCUUUCGAUUGGAACUUUCAUCACCACAUUCGUUUGAAUGUGACGAGAAAAGAGUCUUAGGGUGAUGGAUCAAGCGAAUAGGUUGAAGCUGGUAGCAUUGGAAGCUAAAACUACGUUACACCAAAUCUAGCAACUUCUUUCACUCGCCUAAAAAAGCGUUUUUUCGAAUUCUGCAAAGUGAACUUCUGAGGCGGCGACAACUUUUUUAUUCGAUCCAAAUGUCUGUCCGGUGAGUAACUUUUUUCAAGUUUGUAAACAAAAAGAAUCGCGUGGGACCCAAACUAGAUAAUACAGUCGAUAGAGUAGUAGUUCGUAGUCCAAUUUGACUGAUGUGAGCUGGUGUGUUAUCCUGGUUGAAGAGUUUUUUCUGAAGUUCGGCGUUUAAUUGGCAUUGGUCAAAUAGUAAAUGAAACCUUCCAGAAAAAGGUGACCAUUUCUGCUUGUUUUGACUGUUCAUUCACUAUAUUUCGACUACUGUCACGAAACAAAGCAGAAAUUCCUUCUGAUUGCGUUUAAAUAAUGUCAAGCACUGUUCUGGAGCGGUAUCGUGGUUGCACUUUUCCCGAAUGAGUUCUUAUCGAUAGCUCUCUCAUUUCACAACUUUCGUGGAGUUUUUAUCCACAUGAUCAUAUAAAAUGUCUACUAGCUCGCGCACCUUCAAUUGGCGAUUUGCAAAAAACGUGCCCUUUGUCACGUUAUUCUCCGUGGGAGUCGUUUUUGGGUCACCCGUAUUUGGUUCAUAAAAAACUGAGUAGCUACCUGGAUGGUGAUGACUUAUCGGACUGCCCUCGUAGAUAGAUGUAUACAUAAAGGUGAAGUUAAUAAAAGAGUGUUAGAAUUGGAAAUACAUUUAAUCUUGACUACUUUUUAUUUAGUUCGGUAUAAUAAUUUGUGAGUUUCGAAACAGAUAAUUUACAAUGAAAUUUUUCCAUUUGAUUCGAUUCGUGAUUUUGCAAUUGACAUUUUUACUGCAAAUAUUUGUUUCAAAUUUUACAGUUGAAGUUUGUUCUACGUGAAAUAAUGUAUAGAUUUUACCUAUAGAUUUUUUUAUUAUUUAUACAUAUAUACUAUGAAAGUGAUCAACUAUGUAAGUAAGCCACUAGUUAGACUUAUUAUUUUGUAUAUAUCGCGCACUGUACAUAAAUCCAAAUGUUUAGGUUAAGUAAAAAAUUGUCACGCCUAAGUCAAUAUUGUAUUUUUACUUUAAAAUCUAAAAAUAAAUAGUAAA